UUGGCCCCCAACCCUUAAUCCUGACUUCGCCUGUGAUAGGUACAAUGUUGACGUUCAGCCGUCGAGUUAAAUAAGGUGUUGAGGUUCGGAGAAUCGGGAACCCGCAAACAUAACUGUUUAUUUGGAACAACGGCGAAGAGCUAUGGGCAGCAACCACAAUCAUCCGGCACCGGCGGCCCAGAUUCCGACCAGCUUCGGUCACGAGCUAAGGGCAUGUCUCCGAUGCCGGCUCGUCAAGACUUACGAUCAGUUCAGGGAGUCUGGGUGCGAGAACUGCCCCUUUUUCAAGAUGGAGGAAGAUCAUGAGCACGUUGUCGAUUGCACCACUCCCAAUUUCAAUGGUAUAAUAUCUGUUAUGGAUCCCGCAAGAAGCUGGGCGGCUCGAUGGUUGAGAAUUGGUAUCUUCAGUCUCUUUGCUCUUUUCAUCCUUAACUCAAUUUGGGAGGGUGUUGCUUGUGCUUUGUAUUGUUGUGCUUGAGCUCAUUCGGGCUAUCCAGUUUCUGCUGGUGCUUUCGGCGGAUUUUUACACCCACCGCGUAUCACGAAAUUGUUGAUGCAUAUGUCUAGUGUCAUUUUGUCAAACAUAGUUGUUUCUUUCACUUAGUUUGGAUGUUUAUCUGCCUUCUUGUAAGAGUUGGGGUUUGAUGUUCUCCCCUAGAUUGUUCAUUUUGCUUACAUGCAUUAUGGUUGAACUGUUUCCAGGGAAAUUCGUCCCCGGUUGUUACACCCUU